GAGCAUGAUGAUUUUUUUAUGAAGAACGGAUGUCAUCAUGUCUGGAAUCAAGCGAACAAUUAAAGAAACUGACCCUGAUUAUGAGGAUGUAUCUGUGGCUCUUCCAAAUAAGCGGCAUAAAGCAAUUGAGAAUUCAGCUCGAGAUGCUGCUGUGCAGAAGAUAGAGACUAUUAUCAAGGAGCAAUUUGCACUUGAAAUGAAGAAUAAGGAACAUGAAAUUGAAGUCAUUGACCAGCGACUGAUUGAGGCAAGAAGGAUGAUGGAUAAACUUCGUGCCUGCAUUGUCGCAAACUACUAUGCUUCUGCAGGACUUCUAAAAGUUUCUGAGGGAUCAAAGACGUGUGAUACAAUGGUUUUUAAUCAUCCUGCUAUCAAGAAAUUUUUGGAAUCACCAUCUAGGUCAUCAUCUCCUGCCAAUCAGAGAUCAGAAACUCCAUCAGCCAAUCAUUCUGAAAGUGAUUCUUUAUCUCAACACAAUGACUUCUUGUCUGACAAAGACAAUAACAGCAAUAUGGAUAUAGAGGAAAGACUCUCAAACAACAUGGAACAGAGACCAAGUCGAAAUACUGGAAGGGACACCUCUAGUAUUACUGGCUCCCAUAAAACAGAGCAGCGGAAUGCUGAUCUUACAGGAGAUGAGACUUCACGACUUUUUGUAAAGAAAACAAUAGUAGUGGGCAAUGUGUCCAAGUAUAUACCUCCCGAUAAGAGAGAAGAAAAUGACCAAUCAACCCACAAAUGGAUGGUGUAUGUCCGAGGGUCUCGUAGAGAACCCAGCAUUAAUCAUUUUGUCAAGAAAGUUUGGUUCUUCCUUCAUCCCAGCUAUAAACCAAAUGACCUUGUGGAAGUUAGAGAGCCUCCUUUUCACCUGACCAGAAGAGGCUGGGGUGAGUUUCCUGUCAGAGUUCAAGUUCACUUUAAGGACAGCCAGAACAAGCGGAUAGAUAUCAUACAUAAUCUGAAGCUGGAUAGAACUUACACUGGCUUGCAGACUCUUGGAGCAGAGACGGUAGUGGAUGUUGAGCUCCACCGGCAUUCUCUUGGAGAAGACUCCAUUUACCCUCAGUCCUCCGAGUCAGACAUCUCUGAUGCCCCACCGUCUUUGCCUUUGACCAUUCCAGCCCCAGUGAAAGCUUCCUCACCAAUAAAGCAGUCACAUGAGGCAGUACCUGAUACCUCUGUGGAGAAAGCAGGAUUACCAGCCAAUACUGAAACUGAGAGGCAUACUACCUUUUAUUCUUUGCCAUCUUCAUUGGAACGAACACCCACCAAAAUGACAACAUCCCAGAAAGUUAUGUUUUGUUCUCAUGGCAAUUCAGCUUUUCAGCCAAUAGCAUCAAGCUGCAAAAUUGUGCCACAGAGCCAGGUUCCUAAUCCCGAGUCACCUGGGAAAUCCUUCCAGCCCAUCACCAUGAGCUGCAAGAUCGUCUCAGGUUCCCCCAUAUCAACGCCAAGUCCAUCACCAUUGCCUCGAACCCCAACUUCCACUCCAGUCCAUGUGAAGCAAGGCACUGCCAGCUCUGUUAUUAGUAACCCUUAUGUUAUCAUGGACAAGCCAGGGCAGGUUAUUGGAGCCACCACUCCCACUACAGGAAGUCCUACAAACAAGCUCUCUACUGCCUCUCAAGCCUCCCAAGGAACAGGUUCCCCUAUUCCUAAAAUUCAUGGAAGUAGUUUUGUAACAUCUACUGUCAAGCAGGAGGAUUCUUUGUUUGCAUCUAUGCCGCCUCUUUGCCCAAUUGGGAGUCACCCUAAGGUUCAAAGCCCCAAACCUAUAACUGGAGGACUUGGAGCUUUCACAAAAGUAAUCAUCAAACAGGAACCUGGCGACGCCUCUCACGUGCCCACAACUGGAGCUGCCAGCCAGUCACCACUCCCCCAGUAUGUGACUGUGAAAGGGGGUCACAUGAUAGCUGUGUCCCCUCAAAAACAGGUCAUAGCUGCUGGAGAAGGGACUGCCCAGUCACCAAAGAUUCAGCCCUCCAAGGUUGUUGGGGUGCCAGUUGGGUCUACUUUACCUUCAACAGUGAAACAGGCUGUGGCAAUCAGUGGUGGCCAAAUCCUCGUAGCCAAGGCCAGCUCUACCGUUGCCAAAGCAGUUGGUCCAAAGCAAGUUGUGACCCAAGGAGUUGCCAAAGCAAUUGUGAGUGGAGGUGGAGGAACCAUUGUCGCUCAGCCAGUGCAAACCUUAACCAAGGCCCAGGUCACUGCUGCUGGCCCUCAGAAGAGUGGAUCCCAGGGUUCAGUAAUGGCAACAUUGCAGCUACCAGCCACUAACUUGGCCAACUUGGCAAAUUUGCCACCUGGCACUAAACUUUACCUUACAACAAACAGCAAGAACCCUUCAGGAAAAGGAAAACUGCUGCUCAUCCCUCAAGGAGCCAUCCUGCGAGCCACCAACAGUGCUAACCUACAGUCCGGCUCAGCUGCCAGUAGUGCUGGUGGUGCUGGAGGCAGCAGCAGCGGAGGUGGCAGCAGUGGAGGAGGGGGAGGAACAGGAGGAGUCCAAAGCCCCGCUGGGCCUGGAGGGAUAUCCCAGCACCUGACCUACACAUCUUACAUCCUCAAGCAAACGCCUCAGGGCACAUUUUUAGUUGGCCAGCCAUCACCCCAGACAUCUGGAAAACAGCUGACUACUGGGUCAGUGGUCCAAGGUACACUGGGAGUCAGCACAUCUUCCGCUCAAGGACAACAAACAUUGAAAGUCAUCUCUGGACAAAAAACCACUUUGUUUACCCAGGCAGCCCCUGGGGGACAGGCCUCUCUAAUGAAAAUAUCUGAUGGUACAUUGAAGUCUGUGCCAGCCACCUCACAACUCUCAAAGCCUGGCACCACCAUGCUGAGAGUAGCAGGAGGGGUUAUCACAACUGCCACUUCUCCAGCUGUGGCCCUCUCAGCAAACGGUCCUGCACAACAGUCAGAAGGAACAGCUCCCAGUUCAUCAUCCACUGUAGGUUCCAUAAUGAAAACUGCUGGGCAGCAGCAAGUGUGUGUGAGCCAGGCCACCAUGGGAACCUGCAAGGCUGCUGCUCCCUCUGUCAUCAGUGCCACGUCCCUGGUGUCCACACCUAACCCCAUCUCCGGGAAGGCUACAGUGUCAGGAUUGCUAAAGAUUCACUCCAGUCAAUCCAAUCCCCAGCAGGCGGUCCUGACCAUCCCCAGCCAGCUCAAACCACUCAGUGUAAAUACAUCUGGAGGUGUGCAGACUAUACUGAUGCCCGUGAAUAAAGUGGUUCAGUCGUUUUCUGCCAACAAAUCACCGACCAUCCUGCCGGUUGCCGCCCCCACUGCAGUUGUCCCCAGCUCUGCUCCAGCAGCUGUUACAAAAGUGAAGACUGAACCAGAAACUCCUGGGCCAAGCUGCCUCACUCAGGAGGGUCAGACAGCAGUGAAAACAGAAGAGAGUUCUGAGCUGGGGAACUAUGCUAUUAAGAUAGACCAUUUAGAGACUAUCCAGCAACUCUUAACGGCAGUAGUAAAGAAGAUCCCAUUAAUCACUGCAAAAAGUGAAGAUGCCAGCUGUUUUUCUGCCAAGUCUGUGCAGCAGUAUUAUGGCUGGAACAUCGGAAAGAGAAGAGCUGCCGAGUGGCAAAGAGCAAUGACAAUGCGAAAGGUCUUACAAGAAAUACUGGAGAAGAACCCAAGAUUUCACCACCUGACGCCCCUGAAAACCAAGCACAUUGCUCACUGGUGUCGCUGCCAUGGCUACACCCCACCUGAUCCCGAGAGCUUGAGGAGCGACGGGGACUCCAUUGAGGACGUGCUGACGCAGAUCGACAGCGAGCCAGGCCCCUGGUCUUACCCAGGUGGCAAGUCCUUUUCUUUGGUCACCACAGCUGUUCUGAGCCUGAUCACCUCUCCUUUAGAGUGCCCGUCGUCAUUCUCCUCUGCCGACAGCCUGUGCCGGAAGCUGGAGGACCUCCAGCAGUUUCAGAAGAGAGAGCCGGAGAACGAGGAGGAGGUGGACGUCCUCAACCUCUCAGAGCCAUUGCAGAUAAACGUCAAAAAAGAGCAGGAGGAGAAGCAGGAAGAAAUGAAAUUCUACCUGCCACCAACACCAGGGGCUGAGUUUAUUGGCGACAUCACACAGAAGAUUGGGAUCACCCUGCAGCCCGUGGCGCUUCACAGGAACGUGUAUGCGUCGGUGGUGGAGGACAUGAUUUUAAAGGCUACAGAGCAGCUGGUGAGUGACAUCCUGAGGCAGGCGUUGGCGGUCGGAUACCAGGCAGCAUCCCACAACAGGAUUCCCAAAGAAAUUACAGUGACUAACAUUCACCAGGCCAUUUGCAACAUUCCUUUUCUGGACUUCCUCACAAACAAACACAUGGGGAUACUGAAUGAAGAUCAGUGAGUGGAAUGAAGACACCCCUAGAAAAGCAGGAUCUGUAGCUGCAGCCGAAGCUUUGCACUGUGAUGACUCUUCUGUUUGGGGAAGGAGGUGUCUGUGCCUCAGAAUAUCAUGGUUAACGCACCGUUCCCUCCACCUAGUUCAGUGAAUCACCAGAGUGUUCAGUCCCAGGUCAGAUCCCUUUAGGACACAGGCUUCCUGGUUCUGGGGUGAAGCUGUGGGUGCAUGCUGUCAGCUUGCAUCUGUCCACUCUCUGUAAAGCUCACUAGAGGGUCCAGAGCUGGGCCAGGCCUGUGUAUGAGGUCCUUCUCCCCUUGGGGCGUCCUCAAGGGGGAACCUUGGCCUGACUCUCCCUCCAGGAGGAGAACAUGAGUCUGGCAGGCUAGAGAUUUCGCCCAUUCUGUGGGUGGGUUAUAGGCAGCCCAGCGGUUAACCUGGCAACACCUGAAGGACUGGGCUCAGCACUCAGCGGGUGGCCACGGUGUGGAGAAUUGGCACUCGGCCCACAGGCAUCGGUGACAGGAUGCGGUAAUGCUGUGCGGAAAACAAAGACCCGGAGGUUGCAGCCUGAGCAGAAGUCUUACUUUAUGGAGCACGGGAGCAUCAGUACAGCCAGUCUCAGAGAGGAGGGAUGGACAAGUCACAGGCAAGGAACAGAUACAUUCCAGCAUUGGUCUGGAAAGGUUCGAGUAUAACCAGGAGCUCUUAAUAUGUUCAUACUAGACAAUGCCCACAAAUGCCGGCUCCUGGCAGUCUCACACAGCUUCGUGUGUGUGCCAGGCAGCGAGCUGGUGCCACAGUGCUCGGGCCACCCAGGCUGCACCAGGCUGAACGGCCAGCGGGAGCAGCUCCUGCGACAGCCCCGCCAGGACUGUCUGUCUUGUCAGAUUCCAUUUCCCCUUCUCAGUCAUGUUUUUUUUUGCAAGAAGGAAAGUGUUUCAAAGAAACACUGUGAGUGCCUUAAAGGUGGAGAAAUGACUGCUGAAGCCGAAAGACAGGGGUGCCUGCUCAGCAGUGAGAAUAGACGGUCCAUGAGCAGGGGGGAGGGAGAAGUGAGGAGGAAGGUAGCCCUGUACCUGGAUGACGUCCAGUUCCACUGAAGGUCCGCUACCCAGGCCUCCUAACAGUCUGUGGAAGUAAUGAGUUUAUUCCCAGUCAGGAAGCUGCCGAAGACCAUUUGAAACCUGUGAGUCAGAGUCAGAGGAACUUAUCUAGGCAACAUGACUCGUGUUUUCAUGAGUCCUGCAGAUGUUUGUCAGGAAAAGAAGGUGGGGAGGUGACACCAUGAGAAAUCUACCCACUUUUAUUCAUCUGAGGAUUACAGAUGCAGGAGGAGGUCUGUUCAGUAAGGCAAGGGUGCCCCUGGCUUAGUGGUAAAAUAGGUAGUAAAGGCUCAGCUAGUCACACACGGAUGGGGUGUGGGCAAGUGCGUGGGUUCAUUCAGCAGUGGAAUGUGACAGCCACGGGACAGAGUUUCAUCCCAGUGAGAACGGACGGACUACAGGGAUGAAAGCCUAAAGAAAUUACCUUUUUGAAAAAGAAAUAUUAAAUGACUUAACAGCCCCCAUAUGUCUGUAUUUGUAUCAUAAUGUGUAAUAUAAUUGUGUAACAGAAAUACCUACAAUAAAUCUUUUAGUAUUUGUGA